AUGUUGGAAUAUGAGGCAAUAAUAAGGUUUACGUCGAAACCGGUUAACAUGGAUAUGAUAAACUUCUUAGCUGCUACGACGGCUUCUACUAUUCAGAUUAAGCAUGGGUCAGGGAAGAAACCUGUUGUACCAUUGGUCGAUUAUAUUGUGAAGUUAGUCAGGGGCUCUAAUGUUCAAACCCCUACGCUGAUGGCUACGACUGUUUAUUUGAGUAAGCUUAAAAAUAUUAUCCCAGCCCAUGCUCAUGGAAUGGAAACUACUAGGCAUAGGAUUUUUACAGGUUGCUUAGUACUGGCUUCGAAAUAUCUAAAUGAUUCAUCACCGUUGAAUAAGCACUGGUGCGAGUAUACUAAUGAUUUACUUGAUCUUGCGGAGAUGAACAUGAUUGAGAGAGAAUUGCUGGCAUAUCUAAACUGGGAGAUAAAUAUUACUACGGAAGAUCUUGUUGCAUGUCUUUCGCAUUUCCUAAAUCCUAUUAAAGAGGAGCUUGCGGCACAAUUAUGUCCGCUACCACCGGCAGAAGAUCUCCUAUUUCGACAACACAAAACGGGCUAUAUGCAUAGUGAUAUGUACUCUUUGGAGUCGCCCAGGACCUACAGUUCUGGUAUUACCGAGUCUAACUGCUAUUCGGGUUCAAUAUCCAUGAAUUCAAAGUUCUCGUCUCCUCGUACUCCUGUCACUUUUUCAUCGGGUAUUAUAAUGGACAAGAUAAGAGAUUGCAUACCAAACUAA